GUGACUGAAGAAGCCAGUUUGAGACUCAGCCUAGCCCAGGCGAGCUACUGGACCCUGGCUGUGCUCAACGAACCUUGGCACGAUGGUGUUCACAUAUUGGAAGGUCUUUCUGAUCCUAAACUGCCUUGCAGGUCCAGUUAGUGGAGUGCAAGUGACCAUCCCGGACAAUUUUGUGAAUGUGACUGUUGGAUCUGAUGUCACUCUCAUCUGCACCUACACCACCACUGUGGCCUCACUGGACAAUCUUUCCAUCCAGUGGACAUUCUUCCAUAAGGAGUCACAGCCAGUUUCUAUUUACUAUUCUGAAGGUGGACGAGCUACAGCCAUCGGGCAAUUUAAAGAUCGCAUUGUAGGGUCCAAUGCUCCAGGUAACGCAUCCAUCACUAUUUCGCAUAUGCAACCAGCAGAUAGUGGCAUCUACGUCUGUGAUGUUAACAACCCCCCUGACUUUUUCGGCAAAAAUCAAGGCACCCUCAACGUCAGUGUGUUAGUCAAACCUUCCAAGCCCUUUUGCAGCAUCCAAGGAAUACCAGAACCUGGCCAUCCUAUAUCUCUUACUUGCCUCUCUGUGCUUGGAACACCUUCCCCGGUGUACUACUGGUAUAAACUUGAAGGAAGAGACAUCGUCCCAGUGAAAGAAAGCUUCAACCCAGCCACCGGGAUUUUGUUUAUUGGAAAUCUGACCAAUUUUGUACAAGGUUAUUACCAGUGCACCGCUAUCAACAACCUUGGCAAUAGUUCCUGUGAAAUUGACCUAACUUCUUCACAUCCAGAAGUUGGAAUCAUUGUCGGGGCCUUGGUGGGUACCCUAGUAGGUGCUGCCAUUAUCUUCUCUGUGGUGUGCUUCGCAAGGAACAAGGCAAAGGCGAAGCGGGAGGAAAGGAAGAGAAAUUCUAAACCCACCACAGAACUCGAACUAAUGACAAAGAUAAACCAAAGUACAGAGUGUGAGACAAUACCAGAUGAAGAUAUCAUCCAAGUAGAACCAACUCUGCCACCUCCCAUCCAUGAGGCUGAGCCUAAUACCGCCCUGUGGCCAGAUCACAAGCCUAUCCCCGAGCCUGAGCCUGCCUUGCAGCCUGCGCUGGAGCCGGCCUCAGGGCCUGAGCUUGCCCGGGCGCCUGAGCUUGAGAUCAAGCUGGAUCCACAGCAGGAACCGGAGCCCUCGAUUGUAGUUGAGCCCUCCUGUGACGAGGGGAAGGGGGUGAUUAAGACAUAGGCCGGUGGCCUGAGUACAGUCUUCAUCACUAAGGAACCCAUUACCGGCGUUUGGAAUUCAGUUGACCUAACUAACCCACCACCUCCCUCCAUUCUGACCAACCCUCUUCUAACAAGGUGCUCCUACCAUCAAUCCAAAACAGACAGGUCAAGAUAACUACUAAAUAAAUGCAAGGGUUCCUGCAUUACCAGUAUAGAGUACUUACAAUUUGACUAACAUGUAAACACAACUAAUGAAAUGACAAGUGAUUUUGAACUCAGUUGAAGGUGUUUUGCCACACCUGUGUCUUAUUUCAGACAAUCUUACUUCUCUAUUUUUAGCUACUCUUUGAGAUUCCACAUGCACACAUGACAAGGUGGCAUUAACUGGAUUCAAUAUUAUUUCUAGGAUUUGUUGUUGACAGAGCUUCCCUAUUCAUUUUCACAUU